AUGCCCCAGGCGAUUGAGGAGCUGCAGGCGGUGGUUGAGACGCGCUGCAUCACAAAGGAGCUGCUGGGCCAGGUCUUUGCUGCUCGCGACGACAUGCGUCAGGCCUGGACCCGCAUGUCGUCGCUCUUCGAGGUCGCUGCCCACCCCGAGGGCCUCUUUGCCUGCCGCGUGCGCCGCUCCACCGGCCACGGCAGCGCGCCCAGCCGAACCGCGUCGGCCGGCGGCGGCGCUGUGGCGACGGCCGCGGAUGCCGCCGCGGGCGUCGACGCCGCCGCUGCCGCACCGGCGGUCGACGCCGCGGCCCUAGAUGCGGAGCAGCAGCAGGGCAAGCUGGCUGGGGAGCAGGAGGUGACGAAUGAGGCGGGCCGGGUGGCGGAAGAGAAUCAGGAGGAGGCCGACGAGGCCGAGCAGGGGGAGUGGGCGCCAGACCAGGAGACGCGCCUCAGCACGGCCUCCGCGUCGGCCCGGGCGAGCGCCGAUGAUCCCUUUGCGCUGCUGGCGGUGUCUGAGAGGGUCACCGUCGAGUCGGUUGCUGAGUCAGUGGCAGAAGCCCCGGACUGCACAGUGACGUCAUCCCAGGACGAGGCACCUGCGGCCCCAUCGCCCCUCGUUGCCCCGCCCGCCGCGCGCGCGCUCGCGGCGGCGGCGUCGCUCGGCGUCCCGGGGACGCCCGUGGCGGGCGCGGCUGCAAGCCGGGCUGAGCUGUCAGCGGUGGUGGCGUCCCACGCCAGCAUGCGCGGCGAGGUUGAGGCCCUCUCAGAGCAGGUGGGUGCCUUGACCGAGGCCCUCCGCGCCGUCCAAGAAGAUGCGGUGCGCGCCGCCCAGCCGGUCGCAGAAGCUCCGCCUGCAGGGCCGACCGUCGAUGUGGGCGCCGCCGCCGCAGAGGCGCUGCGCGGCGCGAUCGCGUCCUGUGAGGCGCGCCUCGCCAGCCUGGAGCAGGCUGCGUCCGCCGCCGCGCCCACCACCGCGGCCGCUGCGCAGCAGCGCGGUUCGUCGGCGGGCGUGUCACGCCAGAGCAGCCUUGGCUUGCUGGGCAGGCAGCUGUCUGGUCUGGAGGCCAGCCUGGCGCCAGAGGCGGUGGAGGAGCUGAGGGCAGCGAUGGAGCGGCUGGAGGGGCAGGCGGUGAGGGACGAGUGGGCGGGCCGCGACCUGGAGCAGCAGCAGCAAGCGGAGCAAGAGCGCGAGGAGCUCGCACGCCGCGAGGCGGAGGCCGCUGCCGGCCAACGUGCCGUGGAGCAGGCGGCGGCCGCAUCGGCGGCCGCACUCGGGGCGCGCCUGGCCGACAUCGAGUCUGAGGUCGCCGCGCAGGGCUCUGAGAUCGCCGGGCUGGCCUCGCGGCUGUCGAUGCUGGGCCGGCAGGUGUGCGAGGUGAACGAGGGCAGCGCGGCGGCGGAGGACGUGGAUGCUAUCAGGGACGCGCUGACUCAGGUGCUGGAGGAAGUCCGCAGCCGCGGCGCCAGCGGCGCAGGGGCCGCCGGGGGCGCCUGCGCUGGCGCCGACGCGGCCGCGGGGGCAGCGCCCGAGGCUCAGCUGGGGCCGGCGGACGAGGAGGGCGGCGCGUCGCUGGCCGAGGCGGGGCGUCACCAGGAGGAGGGGGCGGGCGAGGAUGACGAAGACGAAUUCCAGGACGCAGCCGACGCGUCCAGCCGGCGCCCCAGUGUCGCGGGCGUGCUGUCCGCGCCACUGUCUGUUGUGGUGCAGCUCCAGGCCGAGGUCGCGGCGCUGCGGGCCGGGGCCGCCACGCGCGACCAGCUGGCGGCGCUCUCUCGUGUGGUGGGGGACCUGCGGGCCGCCGCGGCGGCGGCGGCCGAGGCGGAGGCAGCUGCCGAGGCCGAGGCCGUGGAGGCUGCCGAGAGGCAGGGCGGCAGGCUGGCGGCGGCAGAGGCGGAGCUGUCGGUGCUGCGCGACGCGGUGGAGGACGCAGCGUCUCGCGUCGCCCUGCUGACUCAGCAGGUCGCGCAGGGCGAGGCCGCGCACGCGUCACUCGGCGGCAGCGGCGGGGGCCGCGGGCAUGGCGGCGCGGAGGGCGCGUUCUCGGAGGUCGUGCCGGCGCUGGCAAACUUCAAGGCGCUGCUUGACCGAGCUUCGCGAUGA